CCUCUGUGCUUUUAAUUUGAAGCUGUAACCAAAGCUGCCUGUAGGCCAGGCUUGGGAGGCUGUGCGCUGCAUCCAGCCUUUCUGUUAAGAGAAUUUCGGAGCGUCCCAGAGCAGCAGACACACAACACUUCCCAGGACUGAGCUUUCUGUGGAUUUACACUCUGAGAGGAAGAUGGAAAGCCAGAACAGAACGAUGCCUUAUGCCAUCCCCGAGGAUGGGGAGUUGCCGUCACCGGUGGUCAACGGUGUCCAGCAUGCCGACAUCAAUGAAGCCGAAGUGCCGAUUUCUAAGAGCCAGAGAAGGCGCAGUGAUAUUAAAGUGUACAAGGAAUUCUGUGACUUCUAUGCCCGCUUUAACAUGGCAAAUGCUCUUGCUAAUGCCAUCUGUGAGCGUUGCAAGAGUGGCUUUGCCCCUUCAGAGAAGAUAGUGAACAGUAAUGGGGAGCUGUACCACGAGCAGUGCUUUGUGUGUGCCCAGUGUUUCCAGCAAUUUCCCGAGGGCCUGUUUUAUGAGUUUGAAGGGAGAAAGUACUGUGAGCAUGACUUCCAGAUGCUGUUUGCCCCCUGCUGUCAUCAGUGUGGUGAAUUCAUCAUCGGCCGAGUCAUCAAGGCAAUGAAUAACAGCUGGCACCCUGAUUGCUUCUGCUGUGACAUCUGUCAGCAAGUCCUGGCAGACGUGGGCUUUGUGAAGAACGCGGGCAGACACCUGUGCCGGCCUUGUCACAACCGUGAAAAAGCUCGAGGCUUGGGAAAGUACAUCUGUCAGAAGUGUCACGCCAUCAUUGAUGAGCAGCCCCUGAUUUUUAAGAAUGACCCCUACCACCCGGAUCACUUUAACUGUACCAACUGUGGCAAGGAGUUGACUGCAGAUGCCCGGGAGCUUAAAGGUGAACUGUACUGCCUGCCUUGCCAUGACAAGAUGGGGGUUCCUAUCUGUGGCGCAUGCCGUAGGCCUAUCGAGGGACGUGUGGUUAAUGCCAUGGGCAAGCAAUGGCACGUGGAGCACUUUGUAUGCGCGAAGUGUGAGAAGCCAUUCCUGGGCCACCGGCAUUAUGAGAGAAAGGGCCUGGCUUAUUGUGAGACUCACUACAAUCAGCUCUUUGGAGAUGUGUGCUACCACUGUAACCGGGUGAUUGAAGGAGAUGUUGUUUCUGCUUUGAACAAGGCGUGGUGUGUCAACUGCUUUGCGUGCUCGACAUGCAAUACCAAGCUCACCCUCAAGGACAAAUUUGUUGAGAUUGAUCUAAAGCCUGUCUGCAAGCACUGCUACGAGAAAAUGCCUGAAGAAUUAAAGAGGCGACUAGCCAAACGAGAACGGGACUCCAAGGACAAGGACAAGGACAAAGACAAGGACAAGAAAAAGAAAAUGCCUAUCUGUUUGAACAAGUUUGUGGAGUUUGACAUGAAGCCGGUGUGCAAAAAGUGUUAUGAGAAGUUCCCGUUGGAGCUGAAGAAGAGACUGAAGAAAUUGGCGGAAACGUUGGGCCGCAAAUAAAACGCUUCACCGUGUGGCUUCUUGAGGCACUUGUUGCCUGCCUGGCUCAACGCUUAUUUUUGGUUCUGUUACUUGGGAACGAUUUUUUUUUUACUUUAAGUGAAGCCAUGGUGAAGGAAGAAAAUGCAAAAAAAAAAAUAAUCCAUUUUUUUUUUUAAUCAAAAGAUAAAGAGCCACCUACUUCUAUUCAGUUGCAUUGUGAGUACACAUGUCUCAGUCUUUUACUUUGUACACAAAUGCCUUUUCUUUAUAUUUACGGUGCUUCUAAUUACGCGUCAAGUGCAUGAAGUGAGGCCCGGUGUGGCUACUAGCCGUCAGGUACGAAAAGCAAAAAUUCUUCAUCUCAGCAGUCUGGUGAAUCAGAAAAAUCCAAUAAACGUGGUGCUCUGUAGCCAUAAGGAGUUCUCUUUCUCUUUCCAUGCUCAGCACAAGGGGAGCUUCUUGGCUGCCUUUACUCACUGCCAGUUUUGCACAAGAACGGAAUUUGGCCGUAACCACCAUACUACACGUGGCUGUUCUAAGUCGGCCAUGUAAGAAAUCUGAUGGUUACCUCCUCCACACCAAGACAGAAUUUAAUUCUAAAACGAAGCCUCUUCAACAUGGCCACACCUGCCUUUGGUCUUUUCGCUUAGUUUCUUAGUUUAUCAUAUCUUUCUGUAUCUUGUGUUUAUUUUUAUUUGAAUUGUCGUGCCUUAGCGUUUAUAUAUCUUUGGCAUUAUUGAAUUAAUCUGUUUUGGCGUAUCUUGUGUGCAAAGCGUACAGUAUGAAAUGUAUUUUUUGGGUAAAUCUAUAUUGUUAUUGCAUUGCCUUUAACAUUAUGUAAUACUAGUCAGUUGUACUUCACUUGAAGCUGACUUCAUUCCGACUAUCUAUGCAUUGCCUUGACGGGACCUGGGAGGAAUGAAACAGUUGACACGCUUUAUAAAACUCGCUCAGGAUGUCCAAGGGAUUCAAGUCCUAGGAGGACUUGUGAACAAAAUCAGUGAAAAUAUAUAUAUAUAUAUUUUUUUUUUGUAAUUUUAAAAGCCUAACAUUGAGUGCAAUGAAAAGGCACUAAAUAGAAGAUGUUGAUUUUUACGGUGCUGCCUCAGCCAUGCAGACUUUGCAUUUAUUGUACCGCAUUAUGCCUUUGUCGGCCUGCUCUUUUACACCAUGUUACUUGCUACGGCAUACUCCAGUAUUAAAUAAACUGUAUACCCUUCA